AUGCCGAGGCUUGACCAGCUCCCAGAGGAGCUUUACCAAGCAAUAUUAGAGAGCAUAGACGAUGACAAGGAGAGAAAAUCAGUCGCCAUUGCCCUGAUACGCUCUAUUCCUCGUUCUCCAGUCCCCCGCAGAUUCCUCUACUAUCAAGUCAACCUGUCCACCUCUGAGAACGUCCUAACAUUCUAUCACCAUCUAAGGAGUUGUGGUGGGGUAGCAUCAAAGGAAGCGAGCUGGGUUCACUCCCUUCAUUCCGAGUCGUGGACGGUGGACGCACAGAUUCUUGCAAAUGUUCUCGAGCUUGUCCCAAAUCUCGGACAUCUCUCGAUUCAUGUUGGGGCGACGUUUGCACCGGAACAUGUAGACGACAUCUUUCAGCGUCCACGACCCGCUCUCCGUACACUUAACAUCGUCUUUAAACCAUAUGUACAAGAGGCGACCUACUAUCAGUUCCUCCGAGGUGCAUACUUUGACUCUCUGCUGACACAUAUCGCGUCUUGGCCAGCAGAAUCACAACUCUGCUCUCUUUCGAUUAUUCAAACGAUGCCCCCACAAAUUGAUGCCCCACAACGCUUCGCACAGCCCAUCGUGUUCCACAGCUUGACCACACUCUCUACUCUUGUCCACGCACCGUCGCUCCGUAACUUACAAAUCUUGACGAUUCGAGUUCCUGGACGAGUUAUUACGCCCCUCUGUCAAGCCAGCAGUAUCAGAAACACAUGCUCGAAACAAUCUCGAUUCGGAGAGCACUACAUCUUCCUCUGUCACUACUCCGACUGCCGUUCCCGUGGAGAAAAGGCCAAGAAGGGCCGGCGAGGUGUUUCGACGGCGCCAUUUUCGAUUCGGGAGAAGAAGAUCAAGUCGGCGACGACGGCAAGCAAACUCAACAUUUUAUCGAACCCCACUACGCAGCAGGGUGCCGAACGGGCUAUUGUCCGUCUCCAGAAAGCGCGCAUCUUACCCGCUAUACCGGCGUUGCGCUCGUUAUGCCUGACUUUGCAUCGGGGAGCGACGUUCAAUUUGCAUCAACAGCACUUAUGGCAGGAAGAGUUUUCGAGAGGAUGGAAAGAGGGUUGUCACGUCGUCUUUGGCGCGCGGAAGAGGCUCUAUACGAGUUUGAAGAAUGGCUUGGUUUACCUUUAUCAUGCUGUCCAUCCUGAUGAUCAUGAUGACGAGCCUCGAGAGCAAAGUAUACACGAGGUGGACAUGCCGGAGCUGGAUGGCUUGCAAGCGGUGACGUCUCAAGGUCUAGAGGGUGAAUCGGAUGGACUAAAUGAAUCAAUUGUACCGAUUCUGUGUUUUGGUGCCAUGAAAGGCAGCGAACAUUCAGAGGGAUGUGGGCAUUCGGCUGUAAACUAG